CCAAAACCCGAUCCCAAAAACAAGCAGCGCUCCAUCCAGUUUCCAUUAGCAAUCGCAUUCAUCCUCUUUUCGCAGCAGCAGCAGCACCCAGCAAUCAACCAAACAAAGCGGCGAUGGACGGCGGCAAGAAGAGCCGGAACCCGCACAAGGUCCCCGCGGACUACCGCAGCGACCGCAAGUCGGCCUCCGGGAUGAGCGGCGACCCCAAGAAGGGCGGCCGCGGCGGCAAGUUCACCUGGGAGGGCGCCGACGGCUACGCCGACGAGGACGUCGGCCUCGUCUCCUCCAAGAACGCCAACACCAACCGCGCCACCAAGGGUGGAGGCGCCGCCGGCGCCAAGAAGGACGACGACGACGACGAGUAGGCCGGCCUCUCGCCGCCUCGGCCCGCCCUCCCCCCGUCGAUCGCCAGCAAGAACCAACAAGUCCUUCCUACCUAGUUUGAUUCCAGUCUCAGUUCGAUUCUCGUGUUGAAUAAAUCAUGAUCGUGUGGGUUUAGGUGUCGUGCUCGCGAGUAACACUGAGCACAGAGCCACUGGGCGAUCCACGGGCCGUGCAGGGUCUGUAGAUAUCAUCUCAUCUGUUCUUCGCUAGUACUUUGCUGAUUUGCUCAUGUUCAGGGGCCUGGCCUCGAUUCGGUUCUUGGAUGAACUGAUUUAUUAGUUUCCGGAAUCGAUGCUUUCAUUCAGUUAGCGUC